AUGGAGUUCGAUUUAAGGGAAAAGUUUGCCCAAGUUGGGGCCUUUAUUGCUCUAAACAAUGUGGCCAUGCAUGACCAUGCGCCUGAUAAUUGGAUGAAUCCUGUAUUGCCAACCAUCAAGUUUUGUGAACAAGAGAACAAUGUGAAGCCAAUUAUCGCACCCAAAACGAAAGAGAUUAAUUGGCUUUUCUUGCUUUUGGGUCAGUUUCUUGGGUGUUGUACCCUUGAACAGCUCAAGUAUUUCUGCAAGCAUAACAAGAAUCACAGGACUGGUGCUAAGGAUCGUGUUCUUUAUCUCACGUACCUGACUCUUUGCAGACAGCUUGAUUCUACUGGCCCAUUUGAUCGCUAA